GAAGCCUUUCUAAAAAUACACCAUUUAAACCAGGUAUUACAGGUGACAAUAGACGCAUAUUGGAGAAAGAGAGAGAGAGAACAAAACCCAAAGGAGCAAAACCUGCAUGUUUUGAAGUGAUAAAUGGUGUAGCUGUAUUUCUAUUGACUGGCUUUGACAUGAAAUUCCUACUGUUGGCACACGCGCUCUCAAAAUGUAAACAAAUUCUUACUUAGAAAGAGGAAGUUAAAAAAGAAAUACCUGUGCAGAUAUAGUAUACCCAUGAACGAUAAUGAAGAUACAUGACCACGAUGAGUGGGGAAACAUUACAUCGAAAAGAACUACUAGAGGAACCUCAUAGACAUAUAGGAGCCCAAGAUCUUCUGAAACAGACAGCUAGUGUAUCUCAUAGUGGCUUUUUACGCAAGCGCGGGAAAUUGGAGAGAUUCGUUGGAUCAAACGGAUUAUUCAAAGCAUUAUUUUCAGAGCUUUCUAAAUGGCGUCAACGUUUCGUUAUCAUUGGACGAGGGUGCCUCUAUAUAUACGCGGAUGAACAGGGAAGAGCCCCACUGCAGUCCGUAUCCCUCAAAGGAUACAGCAAAGUGGUGAGACCGCCUGAUACAAUGGGUAUAGAAGUGGAUACACGAAGAUGUUUCCAAGUGGUUCCUGCCAACGAAAGGACAAUGAAAACUUUCAUAUUUGGUUGUGCAAAAGAUGGCGAGAGAAAGGAAUGGAUGCAGAAAAUCCGAGAAGAAAUGCUUUUUGCCAAUGCGGUGAAAGAUGACAAAGAAAUAUCGGGGACUGAAUCUGAUGAAUAUGUGUAUUUGGAGAGGCCUGUUAUCGACGCUAUCAUAAAUCAGAAAACUCCUGAGAGACCAGGAAUUCCAAAGAGAAAACCUCCGAAAACACCCAAUGAAACCGGUGAUUCCGACACAGAUUCUGACUACGACCAAAUCCCCGAGGAGGAAAUGAAAAAAAUCCGAUCCAAACCUUUACCUGAAAUCCCUAAAGAAGACAAUGAAGUUGUGAAAAGACCAGAAAAACCAAAGAAACGACAAAAUGUGAAAUCAAGGAAGACCUCCGAUCAUGACGAGUAUUUGUUUGACAAUUCUGACAGGAGCCAAGCAAUUGAAAUUUUAUCCAAUCGAUUGAGUGGAACAUUCUUGGUGCGGAAAUCCAGGGCAGGAGACCAACAGGUAUUAUCUGUUCAAACAGAGGAAGGCAUGAAGGAGUAUAAGAUAUAUCCAAAGCCUGACGGACUAACAAUCGAUCAUAAGACGUAUUUCAACUCAAUAGAAGGCCUUGUAGAUAACUACAAGCGAAAAAGUCUUCCAAACCGAACAACCACCUUGUCACGUGGUUACAGUGUUAGUGAGGGAGAAUAGUUCUGGUGGUUGAUACCGGUAGUGCCGGAUGCAGAAGACGUCUACUUCACGAAUCACUUUAGAAUUAGUUUGAUAUGUGUAGGAGACAUUUUACUUCAAGUUCAUAGAAUUUGUAAGACUGUAGGCAUAAUUCAUAUCUUCUAAAGAUGUUUUUAUUUUUUUUAUCAUUGUAAUUCGAUGUAUCGGCAUUUUAGAUCAUUUAGAAUAUCAUUAGCAGGUGCUUCAUUGUGAUUUGAAAUAACCUAUUCAUGUGUUAUAGACUGACUCUCAUAGCUUAUUAUAUUUUCAUUUUGGGGAUGAUACAUGCAGAUUUCAUGGUGCGUGUACCUGUGAAGGAGAGUAUAUAAGUAGAGUUUUUUCUUAAACAAAAGGCAGAUUUUCUGAAUAUGUAAUAUGUUUGUCCAUGUAUGCUAAUAUCUAGUAUUUCAUUUGAGAAUGAUUUUUUAAAGCUCUAUGGUUCGAAUUACAAUAUUUUUUUCCAUCUCGUAAAAACGCUAUUAAAUCAUCGCACGUAUGUAGUUAUGAGACUGUACGACAUAUCAUGAAUUAUUUCACCUGUUUUAACCCAAAUAAUUUGAUUUUAAAUCGAUGUUUACAAAUAACCGCGUCACUCUAUGGAGCGCCAAAUUAACAUAAACUCAAAUAAUUGAAGAUAUCUUCAAUUAUUUGAAGAUAUCAUCAAUUCAUUUGAUGUGCGCAACAAUUGAAUUAAAGAUCUCUUCAAAUAAUUAAUGACAUCUUCAAUUCUGAAUUAUUGCGCGCAUUAAUUGAAUUAAUGAGAGCAUUAAUUCUUCAGCUGAAUUGAUGCGCGCUUUAAUUGAAUUAAUGAUCUCUUCAAAUGAAUUGAUGAUAUCAACAAUUGAAUUGAUGCGCGCUACAAUUCAAUUGAAGAGAGCAAUAAUUGAUAUAAUGCGCGCAUUAAAUCAAUUAACGAGAGCAAUAAUUGAAUUGAUGCGCGCAUUAAUUCAUUUGAUGAGAGCAAUAAUUGAUUUAAUGCGCGCAUUAAUUCAAUUAUUGCUCUCUUCAAUUGAAUUAAUGAUAUCUUUAAUUCAUUUGAAGAGAGCAAUAAUUCUUUUAGAGAGAGCAACUAUAUAAUUAAAGAUAUCUUCAAUUCAACAUAUCCACAAUUGAAUUAAUGAUCUCUUUAAUUGAAUUGUUGCUCUCUAUAAAAGAAUUGAUGCGCGCAUUAAUUCCUUAUACAAAAGCAUUGUAAAUGAUUUAAAUAUAUCUUCAAUUGAAUUAAAGAGAUCAUCAAAUUAUUUAUACCGAGCUCUAAAUUAAUUAUUGCGAGCAAUAUUUCUACUAAAUUGAUGCUCUCAUCAAAUGAAUUGAAGAGAGCAAUAAUUGAAUUAAUGCGCGCAUCAAAUCUAUUAUUGCUCUCAUUAAUUGAAUUAAUGCGCGCAUCAAUUGAAUUGAAGAGAGCAAUAAUUGAAUUAAUGCGCGCAUUAAAUCAAUUAUUGCUCUCAUUAAUUCAAUUGAUGCGCGCAUUAACUCAAUUAAUGAGAGCAAUAAUUGAAUUGAAGCGCGCAUUAAUUCAUUUGACGAGAGCAAUAAUUGAUUUAAUGCGCGCAUUAAUUCAAUUAAAGAGAGCAAUAAUUGAAUUAAUGAUAUCUUCAAAUAAUUGAAGAUAUCUUCAAUUAUUUGAGUUUAUGUUAAUUUGGUGCUCCAUAUCACUCUGCCAUUUCAAGUGACAGUCACGUGACCAGUUCAAACUUUCAAAUCAUCGGUGGUCUUAUCUGUGUAAAGCUGUGUAUUUUGUUAUAACCGUACCGUACUAUAAGUUUAAUAGAAAUAAAAAUAUCAAAUACCUCUUAGUAAUUCGUUGUUUUACGCUCUUUCAGCCUUAAAACUAGGCAUUUGCGUAUGAGUUAAUACAUCAUGUUGGAAUUCCCCUGACGCGCGUGGGUCUAUUUAUAGACGUCUAUUAUGGGAUGAUUUAUAUAUGUAGCCACUAUAUUUACUUUCUAAAUAAUAUUCGCACUGUUUUCUUUUACAUGCAGAUGUUUUCAAGCAUGUAAUUAAGGGAAAGUUAAUAACUUUAUAAAGUAAUUAAUCUGCUUUAAAGAAAUUAUGUACAAAAAUAAUACAUAAACAUCGGGUCAUACAGCUUUAAAUAUAUUUAUCAAAUGUGAUAAAUCUGACAAAUCUGUCAUUUGAUGUUUUGAAUAUAUGUACAGUGCAUGCUAAAUGUAUUUACAGUGUUAUUUAGUUUGAAGGUAUAAUCUGUUGUCAUUUUUCUUUUAAAACUAAUAAAUAGCUUGUCAUGAU